AUGGAGGAUAUGGCUAAAUCUUCAAGUUCUGCAUGGAAGUGGUGCAAGGAUAGGCCUGCAGUUCAUUGGUCUAAGUCUCAUUUCAAGGAGCAGUUCAAAUGUGACAUACUUCUAAAUAAUCAUAGCGAGUCAUUCAACAAGUCGAUUCUUCUAGCAAGAAAGAAGCUAAUUCUUGGCUGUUUGGAGGACAUAAGGACCAUGACUAUGGUGAGAUUAGCCAAUAGAAGAAACUCGGGGCCAAACUGGAAGUGUAGGGUGGGACCUAGAGUGGAGAAACUCCUGAAAAAGAAUGUUGAUUGGAGCCAUGACUAUAGACCUUUAGAGUCCAGCAGUAUGAGGUUUGAAAUCCAAGGCAGGGGUGUGGGUUGUCAAUCUGGUGCGCUAGCACAACACUCAGUGCAGUUGGACAAUCAUUCCUGCACUUGCAGAAGAUGGGACCUGAGUGGUCUUCCAUGUGGCCAUGCAAUUGCAGCCAUAUAUUCCAAGGGGCAAUCACCUGAUGAGUUUGUACAUGACAAUUACACUCAGGAGAAGUACAUGAAGGCCUAUGACCCAGUCAUCAACCCAUUGCUGGAGUGUGAAGAAGAACCUCCUGCUGGUACUGAGAAAUUACCAAGAAGUUACUACUCUCAAGUGAAGUGUGGCAGAUGCCACAAAAAGGGGCACAAUGUUAGAACCUGUUUAAGAAGGAAUCAGGGGAAUGUGGAGAAUGAGCAAAUGCAGGGGAAUGGGGGAGCUGUCAAUCAACAGCAGCAACCCCAAGCUCAACGGAAUAAGGGGGGCUGUGAAUCAGCAGCAGCAGCAGCCCCAAGCUCAAAAUGUUGA